AUUAUAAAGUGUUCAAUGUAUAUGGCCGUGGUAAUUUUCAGCAGAAGUGAAUAAUGAUGGCUUUCGAUCGACUUAAAGAAUUUUGUAUAAAUCAGUAAGAUUGUUAGGAUUUUUUAUCAAACGAUCGUUGGAACUCAACGUGCAACAACUUAAUACCAUGAAAUUCAUAAUUAUUGGAUUUGCUUUUGCGGCAUUAGCAUGUGCGCAGUACGCUCCUAGUACAGAAUACCUACCUCCUAUUCAGGAAGUUAGUCAGUCUUUAGAAUUGGAUGCCCCCUCAAACGAAUAUUUAACCCCUGUUGUAGGUGAAGAAACCACCUUGGCUGAUGAUGGUUAUCGUUACAAAACCGUUCGUCGUCAUCGUCAACGCAGACGCCGUGAUGUCAGUGAAUUGACCCAAUACUUGCCUCCCACCCAAGAAGCUUCAAUUCAAGUAGCAGCCCCUUCAAAUGAAUAUUUAUCUCCUGUUGUUGAAGAACAACAAACUGUAUUAGCUAAUGACGGUUAUCGUUACAAGACUGUUCGUCGUCAACGUAAACGUCGUGAUGUAAGCGAAUUAACACAAUACUUGCCUCCCACCCAAGAAGCCUCUUUUGAAGUAACAGCCCCAUCAAAUGAAUAUUUGGCUCCUGCUUUUGAAGAACAACAAACCGUUUUGGCUGAUGACGGUUACCGUUACAAGACUGUUCGUCGUCAACGUAAACGUCGUGAUGUAAGCGAAUUGACCCAAUACUUGCCUCCCACCCAAGAAGCCUCUUUUGAAGUAACCGCCCCAUCCAAUGAAUAUUUGGCUCCUGCUUUUGAAGAACAACAAACCGUAUUAGCUAAUGACGGUUAUCGUUACAAGACUGUUCGUCGUCAACGUAGACGUCGUGAUGUAAGCGAAUUGACACAAUACUUGCCUCCCACCCAAGAAGCCACUUUUGAAGUAACAGCCCCAUCAAAUGAAUAUUUGUCUCCUGUUGUUGAAGAACAACAAACCGUGUUGGCUGAUGACGGUUACCGUUACAAGACUGUUCGUCGUCAACGCAAACGUCGUGAUGUCAGCGAAUUGACCCAAUACUUGCCUCCCACCCAAGAAACCUCUUUUGAAGUAGCCGCCCCAUCCAAUGAAUAUUUGGCUCCUACUUUUGAAGAACAACAAACCGUAUUAGCUGAUGACGGUUACCGUUACAAGACUGUUCGUCGUCAACGCAAACGUCGUGAUGUGAGUGAAUUGACCCAAUAUUUGCCUCCCACCCAAGAAGUUGCAUUUGAUGUAGCUACCCCAUCUAAUGAAUAUUUGGCUCCCGCUGUUGAAGAACAACAAACCGUGUUGGCUGAUGACGGUUACCGUUACAAGACUGUUCGUCGUCAACGCAAACGUCGUGACGUCAACGAAUUGUCUCAAUAUUUGCCUCCCACCCAAGAAACCUCUUUUGAAGUAGCUUCCCCAUCCAAUGAAUAUUUGGCUCCUUCUGUUGAAGAGCCACAAACCGUAUUAGCCGAUGAUGGUUAUCGUUACAAGACUGUUCGUCGUCAUCGUCAACGCAGACGUCGUGAUGUGAAUGAAUUGACCCAAUAUUUGCCUCCUACCCAAGAAGCGUCUUUUGAAGUUGCUGCUCCCUCCAACGAAUAUUUGGCUCCUUUUGAGCAACAACCAACUAUUUUCGCCAAUGACGGCUACCGUUACAAGACUGUCAAGAAAUUUAAAGUUCACCGCCAUUAAAUUACAUUUAAAUACAUACCCAAACACAUAGUUAAUGAUUCUCGUUAUGUGAAAAUGGAAAUAUGUUAAUAAUUUCCAAAGAUAUUAAAAUAACUGUUAUUUACAAUAUUUUAUUAAAAAUAAAAUUUAAAAUAUAAAAUUAA